GCGAAGCUUAUUCGCGUCGUCGCCGCGUCGGUAGGACAGCGCGCUUAUCUGCCGUCGGUAAGGCAGAGCGCGCCGAAACACGAAGCCGCGCUGAUUGGCCGCGCGGGACACGCGCCUUCGAAGGGAUUUCUCGAAGAGGUAAAUUCCCUCGCGACGAUCCUUUUCCUUUCUUCAAUUCUCGUCGGCUAUUUACUUACGUGUGUAACGAGGUAUGUAGGGAAGAGCCUGGUUGGUGCAGAAACCCAUUUAAUUAUCCUGGCAGUUCCCAUUUGUGAAACGCAUCGCGCUAGCCUCUCGUUACAUGCUUCUUCUAGAAUCUAGUUUAUUGGCUCCCGGCUCACUCACUGAGCCGAUACAGCCACGACGAACUAAUAGUCUUGAUCAAUAUCUUAUCGUGUAAUCACGUUUUUGAUAUCACACAAUGCAGAGGCCCAACUACCGGACCUCGCGCGGGAUGAUGCAAUCCGCGAGUAUCAAAAAUUUUUUUUUUCUUCAGCCAGAAGACGUGCGAACCGCUCAACGUCCCAAACGGAACUCCACCUUUCGUUACAGCUCCGCGUAAUUGUCGAGAUGGUCACAAUGAAGUAUAGCUUGAAAUGCUUUUCAUAUUUUUGACCGAUAAAAGAACAGAAUGUUGAAAGCGCGCAUGCCAUGUAGCUAAUAAAUAUUUCAGUUAAAUGUAACCAGGCGAUCGCGUUAUCAGAAUUUCCCCCGGACUUCGGAAACAAGAUAAAGUGGACCUAAUGACUCAAUGGCGACAGAUGGGCAAGGAAUGCCUGGACGUUCCUCUAAUGUAUGCUACGAUCAAUAGAUGCGCCCGCCCUAGUGGCACAAUGUAUUGGCGUAAUAUUGGGAAAUCAUCUAGACUCCCAAUAUUGGACGCGGACAGCUCGAUAAGCAGCGUCUCGCUGGUUUCUUCGGAGAAUCCGUCGGCGAAAUCGGGGGAGUCGCCGAGGGGAGCCGCGAGGCCCAAGCUCGACAUAAAAAUGCCGGACGCUCGAUACGAAGGACACGCGGGUGACGCGGAGGAAACGAAACUUUCGUCGAAGAGCGACAGAUCGACGCCGGACGAGGCAAGCGCGUUUAGACCUGCCGAAGACGCCGCCGCGGUGCAGCUAGAUGAUAAAUCGCCGCGUUCCGCAGGAAAGCAAGAAAGUCUUAUCUCGGACAAUUCAAUGACGAUUCGGGAGAGCAGUUUGAUCGAAAGCGUGCCCGAUGACACGGUGACUCCGUCGAAGUCGCACUCGCGCUCGAAAACGUCGCGGCGAAACUCUUCCACGGCCGGCGACAGAUCCUCCGGACGCGAGGAGAGAACGCGGAUGUCCGCGAGGUCCGAGGGAGGAAGGGAAUCCGUCAAAUCAUCCGAAAUCUCGAGGGGAAAAGCGCCGUCCGAUAAUUCGUCGAUCAAACGGCUGAGAAUGUCCGGUGGGUCGAGCGAGAGAGUUUUCAGGGCGCGCCACGACCCGAAAAAGCGCUCGAUGGACAAAGUGGUCGCGAAAACGCCGCGAGCGGUGGGCCCUAAAGUUCGCGACGAUACGAUCGAGUCGGAAUCUCUGCGUGACGACAGCGUCGUCGAGGAGUCGAUCGGCACGCUGGAGAACGGCAGUGAAAUUAUUUCGGAACUUUCCCGCGCCGAAGAAAGCUCCGUGGCUAAAAUUGAAGACGCGGUUAACGGGGGCUCGAAACAUCCGACGGACGUAGACGCCUCUGUGGUGACUCUCGACAGUUGGAAAGGUCUGGCGCCUGGAAACGGAUAUGCAAACGACACUUUCGAGGACAUUUCGAGCUCGACCGUACGGUCGCGGCGCGGGGGAAUGAUUAAUGGAAGGAGGGAAGCGGCCGAUAAAGCGAGAUUUAGCGCGAAGAAAAUUGACACGGCGGAAUACAGAUCUUCUCGGGACAGUUCUGAGAAGCACAGGGACGAGUUAAUCAUCGCGCCGAAACCGAGUGCAACCGAGGUCGAGCCGGGAUCCUCGGAUUACGUCAGCGACUUGGAGAGCGUCGUCGCGAGUCCAGAUAGCGUCGCCGUGCGCUCAGUAAAAUUGCCACGAUCUUCCGGUGCGCGCUCGGAGAACCGGGGAGAACGUUAUCAGCGUCGCAAGGCGUCGCGAAGCGACGAGAACGUUUCAAGCGUCGCAAGUUCCAAUAAGAACACGUCGGAUUCCUCGGACUCGUCGACCGGCGACGUGAUGAAGACAGAUGAGAGGAAAAACUCCCCGGGGAUGACUACUGUCCGGCAAGUAAGCGGCCGGAAAGAGCGCGGGGAAUCGUCCAACAGAGCGAAGGAACGCGCGGUGGUGAUAGAUGUCACCGGAUUGCCGGUGGCGAGCGACGAGGACGGGAUAAAGGAGACAAGAUCUAAUUCGUCGUUAGAGGAGACCGAGAAGCGCACGGAACGCGUCUCCGAGGAAAGCUUGAACCAAGGAAUUUCACAGGACGCCGAACGUGUGGUGAGAAAGUCGCACAAAGACGCGCUGGCCAAGAGCUCAACAGUUGCAACGAAAGCAUCUGAAAGCUCCUCCGGCGGCAAAACCGUGUCUGCAAGUCAAAACGCGCCGAAGACGAGGAGAGUGAAGUCCGAUCAUAAUUGUCGCGGACAACGCAACACCAAGAGGAAGAAGAAAAGCGCGAGGACAACGAAUUCAAGGACGGCCGGAGCUCGCGAUAGCACGAGAAGUCGUAAGGAAGACAAAGCUUUGUCGCUCGACGGCAAGCAAACGCGCGGACUUCGGAAGCACAUUAUCGAACUACGACUACGGCAGGAACGAGAAGACCUCCAAAAAUAUCUACACGAGCUGAAGGACUUGAGACUAGAAUCAGUUUCCGCUCGGAGCUAUUUCAAACCUCUGGAAUUCCCGAGGAUCGCAGAAUUUACGCAGCCUGACAUAAACGAUGUGGAGUCGAAGCCGGACGAUCGGUUUCGGGAGAGAGUUUCGGCGAUCAGGCGUUGGUUGAAGGAUCAAUACAUCUUGUAUCGUGACUACUGUACUAUGGCGCAAGCGAUCAAUGCCCACUACGUUCCCACAACGUUGGACGAUGCCAAAAAGACGAUACGAGAGCUACGGAACAGAUGACGACGAUACGCCCACGUGGAAUGCGUAGAUGCACGCGACUGGUUGAAGCUGUUUACGAUCGGUCAUCAGAUGUGGACACCUCGAAAUAGAGAGGAAAUCGCAAAGAAGGGCAGCUCGAGGGUGAUUCUUGCCAUCCGAAGUCACCCCUGCCAUUCACACGAGCCGAAAUCGCC